AUGGACAACCAAGACCUCCACGCCCCGUUCUCGCCCGAGCGCGCCCACGCCAGCCUCGUUGAGAGGAGUAGACGGAUAAAGAUGGCAGCGGAGAUGGGCCUCGCCCGGUCCUCCCGCCACUGGAGCCGCGCACUCCGCCGCCGCCUCCUCCUCCUCAGGAGGGGAACGGCAAGUGACGGCUGCGGGUGCCAGAACGAGGCGUUGACUUCGUCGAAGGAGGGGGGAGACCUGGGAGUGGGAGCGAACGAGGAGGAGGCGGUGGAGGUAGAGGCACGGGUCAGAGCGCUGCAGAGGCUGGUCCCUGGAGGCGAGGAGCUGGGCACGGAGCGGCUGUUCGAGGAGACGGCCGACUACAUCGAGGCGCUGCAGGUGCAGGUAGACGUAGCCGAUCAGUCGAACGUAAUAGUCUACGUGGAGGAUGCAUCAACUGCAAAUAGUCAAUGA